AUGACAAUUACUGGGAGAAUGGGAAGAAUGACAUCAAUCUUGGAGCCAUUAAUGAGGAACUUGCAGAUGUGCAGCCAACGUUUAUCGAGUUCUGCACCGAAAAUUGCUUUGUUGGGUGCUGCUGGUGGUAUUGGACAACCACUUGGACUAUUGCUAAAAAUGAAUAAGCAUGUAGCAAAAUUAGCAUUGUACGAUAUCAAAGGUACGCCAGGUGUGGCCGCUGAUCUGUCGCAUAUCGAUAGUAGAGCUCAGGUCACAGGACACACUGGUCCAAAUGAACUAGAUGAGGCUUUACAGGGUUCUGAUAUUGUGGUGAUACCUGCUGGUCUGCCACGAAAACCAGGCAUGACUCGUGAUGACCUAUUCAAUACGAAUGCUAGCAUUGUACGAGACUUAAGUGAAGCAGCCGCAAAAAAUUGUCCAAAAGCUUUUGUUGCAAUUAUCACAAAUCCUGUCAAUUCAACAGUUCCAAUCGCUUGCGAAAUUUUCAAGAAACACGGCGUUUUUGACCCGCAACGUAUAUUUGGUGUCACAACACUCGAUGUUGUACGAUCAGCAGCAUUUAUCGCAGGAGCUAAAAGCUUAGAUGUUGAGCAAAUAAAUAUACCUGUGAUUGGUGGUCAUUCGGGGAUUACUAUAAUUCCGCUUCUUUCGCAAACGAAACCAUUCUGUAAAUUUUCGAAUGAUGAAGUGAAAAAGUUGACAGAAAGGAUCCAGAAUGCUGGAACGGAAGUUGUACAAGCAAAAGCUGGAGCUGGUUCGGCUACACUUUCAAUGGCUAUGGCAGCUUCAAAAUUUGUGGAAAGUUUACUGAAAGGUCUGAAAGGUGAAAAAUCCGUUCAAUGUGCAUAUGUGGCUUCGGAUGCGUGCAAGGGUGUAGACUACUUUGCAACACCAUUGGAGUUUGGUAAAAACGGAGUUGAAAAGAUUCAUGGAAUGGGCCAGCUUAGCGCAUACGAACAGGGCCUUGUCGACGCUGCCAUUCCAGAGCUCCAGAAAAAUAUUUCCAAGGGUUUAAAAUUUGUAAGUAGCUGA